GAAAGUGCUGGUUAUCAUGUCUGAGAACUAACAUUCUGUGCUAUUUCGGAUUUAACGAAGACAGCGAUUCUACGAUUUGUGACAAGUUUUCAAAGCACGCUGUUAGAACGAACGAUGGAAUUGAAGCCUUCUCUAAACGAUAUUGUGGCUUUUGUACUCCUCGUUACUGUCAUAGUCAUGGAGGUGCAAAUCAGUUCCCAGCAGCACUUCUUCUCGAGCGAUUAUUAUCCAGAAGAAAACUCCAACGGCUACGCGUUGAAAAAUUCCGCUUACAAGUCCUUCAGCACCGCAAGCUACGCGACAUGUCUGCUGGCCUGUGAAGCAGACAUGACUUGUAUGAGCCUAAACUUUCUCAUGUCAACCAGUACAUGUGAUCUGAACACACAGACCAAGGAGUCUACACCACGAUAUUUUAUAGAAAGACAUAACAGUAUCUAUUCCAUCAACCCUUCUGGAAGAAUAAUAUUAAAGAAAGGAACAAAAGACAAACCUGCCAAGUCUUGUCUAGAUGUAUUGAACAGCGGCGCUUCAGCUGGGACAGGCGAGUACUGGUUAGACCCAGCCAACACAGGGAGCCCAAUACAAGCUUACUGUGACAUGACAACAGAUGGGGGUGGAUGGACUGUGGUCUCGAAGUUAGUCCAGCCAAGCAACACUGCAUUGCCUGUUCUCAAGUCAUCCACCUAUGAGGUCAUCAAAGAAUACAACAGAACAGAUGUAAAAGUUAAGGCUUCGGGAGCCGCCAUGUUGGAUAUCAAGGACAAGAUGGGAUUCCACCAGAUUCAUUUCUAUUGUCACAAGAAAUCCGUGGGUCGAGUAGUGAGCAUAAUGACGAAGAAGAACAACGCUGGACAAGCUGUAAUAAGCUUCUUUACAGAACCAGGUGUAGCUUCAGUACGCCCUGCUGCUUGUGGUUCGUUCGAUAGACUGCCUGAUGACACGUCGAUUCUUAGCAAAAAAUGCAGUGAAUGGGGUGAUACUUCGAACGAUGAGUGGGGAACAUCGUGCUGUAUGGGUCCAUAUAGAAUGGCUAAUAUGGUUUGUCACACAAGUCGAAAACACGGUUUCGAAUUUGAAGAUUAUUAUUCCUGCGACAAUGAAGUUCCGGAUGACACUAGUAAUGCAGUGCCACCCGAUGUGAAUGACACUUGGCAAAUAUCUGUGCGCUGAUUAUAACACUCGAUCGAUCAACACUGCUGUCACAGCUAGGGAUAAGAAAAUUAGUAUCAUUAAUCUCAGUCGAACAUCACUAUUCUUGUUUUUGGUAUAAUAUUUGAUUCGGAAAGGAUGAAAUAUGAAAUUUGCUUUGCAAUAUCAAACUUUUCCCCAUACAUUUUGGACAGUUUGCUAUUGGUGACCGGAAUAUAAAACAUAUAUAAGCCGUAGAAUGCUUUACUUCUCGUAGCACAUAGAAUAUCCCACGCAUCCCUUGUAAUUGCUUCUUUCAAUCCGCCGCUUCGUGCUUACUUUUGAACAUUCGAUGCUGAAUUCGGCAGCGCAUGUGAACUUAAAUAAGAACUAAAGAUGGUUGAUUCUCACUAGAGAUGCAUUUUCUUUCUCCUGCUUGUCUUGAUUACAUAUAUCCUUCAUAAUCGGUUACCAGCGAAACUAGGCUUAAAAACUCUAUUGAAGCAAGCGCCUACUAUUUAAUUGAACCGCCUCCACUACACUGUAAGUAAUGUAGUUAGGCACAACCAUAUCCCGUUUCGGGGGGGUCAACGUUGUCAAGAUCACGUGAUAACAGUGCCUUACAAUGUAUUUCAUUGAUUGUUUGACGAUGUAAUGACAGCCAAUAAUUGACACCAAUCACAAAUAUUAUAAGUUAGAAAACUGUAUACAGUACUGUUUAGGACUAUGGUCGAAAUAAAUCAAAAAUGCGUGGAUUCAACUAGAGAUCAGAAUGAAUUGUCUUCAAAAAUAUUUAACCGAAAAUUGAGAUACUAUGUGAAUGUUUUUAACUAAAAGGCAUUUACAAAAUAUUGACAAAAUGUAAUCUUAAGACCUUUAAA